UCACUCCAAAGAAGCCAGAGUAGGCAGUUUCCCUUAGCCUAACUACAAUUGGCUCACAGUACGCCAGAAUUUGGGGGCGGAGAAAGUCUUAGGAGAGACUUCUAUUUCCCAGGGGAAUAGCAGUGGGAGGAAAUUUUAACCCGCAGAAUCUCUGCAGUGGAUGUAGAAGAGAACUGCUGAGGAAAACUAAAGUUGCCAGAGAUGUGGAACGCACUGCAGGACAGAGACUCCGCGGAGGUCCUGGGACACCGCCAGCGCUGGCUCCGUGUUGGGACACUGGUGCUGGCUUUAACCGGAACCUUCCUCAUUGGCUUCCUCUUUGGGUGGUUUAUAAAACCUUCCAAUGAAGCUACUGGUAAUGUUUCCCAUUCUGGCAUGAAGAAGGAGUUUUUGCAUGAAUUGAAGGCUGAGAACAUCAAAAAAUUUUUAUACAAUUUCACACGGACACCACACUUGGCAGGAACACAAAAUAAUUUUGAGCUUGCAAAGCAAAUUCAUGACCAGUGGAAAGAAUUUGGCCUGGAUUUGGUUGAGUUAUCCCAUUACGAUGUCUUGCUGUCCUAUCCAAAUAAAACUCAUCCUAACUAUAUCUCAAUAAUUAAUGAAGAUGGAAAUGAGAUUUUCAAAACAUCAUUAUCUGAACAGCCACCCCCAGGAUAUGAGAAUAUAUCAGAUGUAGUGCCACCAUACAGUGCCUUCUCUCCACAAGGGACACCAGAGGUUAAAAAUGCUCAACUGGCAGGGGCAAAAGGAAUGAUUCUGUACUCAGACCCUGCUGACUACUUUGUUCCUGCGGUGAAGUCCUAUCCAGAUGGCUGGAACCUCCCUGGAGGUGGUGUCCAACGUGGAAAUGUCUUAAAUCUUAAUGGUGCAGGUGACCCGCUCACACCAGGUUACCCAGCAAAUGAACAUGCUUAUAGGCAUGAGUUGACAAACGCUGUUGGCCUUCCAAGUAUUCCUGUCCAUCCUAUUGGAUAUGAUGAUGCACAGAAACUCUUAGAACACAUGGGUGGUCCAGCACCCCCUGACAGUAGCUGGAAGGGAGGAUUAAAAGUGCCUUACAACGUGGGACCUGGCUUUGCUGGAAACUUUUCAACACAAAAGGUCAAGAUGCAUAUUCACUCUUACACUAAAGUGACAAGAAUCUAUAAUGUCAUUGGCACCCUCAAAGGAGCUCUGGAACCAGACAGAUAUGUUAUUCUUGGAGGUCACCGAGAUGCUUGGGUAUUUGGUGGCAUUGACCCUCAGAGUGGAGCAGCUGUUGUUCAUGAAAUUGUGCGGAGCUUUGGAACCCUGAAGAAGAAAGGACGGAGGCCUAGAAGGACAAUUUUGUUUGCAAGCUGGGAUGCAGAAGAAUUUGGCCUUCUUGGUUCUACUGAGUGGGCAGAGGAACAUUCAAGACUCCUACAAGAGCGAGGUGUGGCUUAUAUUAAUGCUGAUUCUUCCAUAGAAGGAAAUUACACUCUAAGAGUUGAUUGCACACCACUGAUGUACAGCUUAGUGUACAACCUAACAAAAGAGCUGCAAAGCCCAGAUGAAGGUUUUGAAGGAAAAUCUCUUUAUGACAGCUGGAAAGAAAAGAGUCCUUCACCUGAGUUCAUUGGAAUGCCCAGAAUUAGCAAGCUGGGGUCUGGCAAUGAUUUUGAAGUGUUCUUCCAAAGACUUGGAAUUGCUUCAGGCAGAGCCCGAUAUACUAAAAAUUGGAAAACUAACAAAGUCAGCAGCUAUCCUCUCUAUCACAGUGUCUAUGAAACAUAUGAGCUGGUAGUAAAAUUUUAUGACCCAACAUUUAAAUACCACCUCACUGUGGCCCAGGUUCGAGGAGCGAUGGUAUUUGAACUUGCCAAUUCUAUAGUGCUUCCCUUUGACUGCCAAAGUUAUGCUGUAGCUCUGAAGAAGUAUGCUGACACUAUCUACAAUAUUUCAAUGAAACAUCCACAAGAAAUGAAGGCUUACAUGAUAUCAUUUGAUUCACUGUUUUCUGCAGUCAAUAAUUUUACAGAUGUUGCAUCUAAGUUCAAUCAGAGACUGCAAGAGUUAGACAAAAGCAACCCCAUAUUACUGAGAAUUAUGAAUGACCAGCUGAUGUAUCUGGAACGUGCAUUCAUUGAUCCUUUAGGCUUACCAGGAAGGCCUUUCUACAGGCAUAUCAUCUAUGCUCCAAGCAGCCACAACAAGUAUGCAGGAGAAUCAUUCCCUGGGAUUUAUGAUGCCCUUUUUGAUAUAAGUAGCAAAGUCAAUGCUUCUAAGGCCUGGAACGAAGUGAAGAGACAGAUUUCUAUUGCAACCUUUACAGUGCAAGCUGCAGCAGAGACUCUGAGGGAAGUAGCUUAAACACAUUCUACAGAAUCACAAAAUCCCUAUGGAACUAUGGAGCUUAUAUAUAUAUAUAUACACAUGCAUACAUAUAUUCUUAUUUUUUUCAUAUGCAUCAAAAAAUCCAAAAGUGGAUAAUUUAUUUUUUAAAUUUCAACAUGUAUUCAUAAAAUUUAAAAUUCAAAUAAGUAUUAAAACUAAGGUGAACAGUCUAAUAAAGUGAUACAUUUGACAGUAUCAGACAAUUAUCAGAAAUAUAAUACAGCCUUCCCAGAUCUACUCUGUCAUUUCAAUAAAAACAAGUAUCAAUUCCUUAUGGAACACAGCUGGAAUAGUUCACAAGUCUGCUUCAUCUGGGGGACUAGAUACACUCUGGCCACGAAAGGCUGGGAAGAUCAUAUUAGCCACAAUAGCUGACAAGUUAUAAUCUAUUCUCAUAUCUUGUAAAACUCAGCACUCUGAAUUAUAACGUUUAAUUAUUUAGACUUAGGAAAAUAUCAUUUUAUGAAAAUGUAUAAAAUAUAAAUGCACAACCAAUAAUUAAUUUGUAGUCCCAAUAACCAUGUACUUCUAAACAAUUGCAUCAUUUAUAUCAAAUAUAAUCCUGGUCUUAAAUUUUAUGUUUAUGAUUUCCUUGUUUAUAUAGAAGUCAUCAAACAUGGCUGUAUUCAUUACAUAUCUUGAAUAUAUACAUAAUUUUGUAUUUUUCAGUGUCAUCUUUUCUAUUUGCCUUUGAGUUACUCUUGUAGUUUACCAGAUUUUUUGUGAUACCACAUUGAGAUGAGUAUAUGUCACUUUUACUCAGAGUUGUACAAAGAGUUCACAUAGUCACAUAGAGAGAUUUCAGAAAGAAUGACAAGUUAUAUCAGUAUUAAUUAUUUGAAUUGUUGCAAUCAGAAAAGGAAAAAAAAAUUAUAUAUAGAAGGUAUAAGGAGUGGUCACUAUGCUGACAGUUUAUAUCCUCUUGUAGUCCUGUCACCUUCUAACUUAUCCAACUUUAUACAUACUCUCUGAAAAAAACAGAAAACCAAAACCAAAAAUCAAAACAACAAAUACAAAGACCAAGAAGGCAAACAUAUCAAAUUUUGUCAAAAUUUAAAAGGCUUCCACAGGUUCAAGGCAAAUGAAUUAAAGAACUAAAAAGAGGAACAAGUCCCACUUCUAAAUAAGGAGGUAUUCACAAUUGAUUCCUUCUAGGAAAGGGAAAAGCACAUUUCUCUAAUGGAUUGUCACAGGGUAUAUCAACCAUAUUCCAAGGCAUGCCCCAAACUCAGGAGUAGUUGGACAACACAAAGAGACUCCAUGUUUUUCUAUUUUCUUGGUUGUUUUUAUUUUUAUUUUCAUUACUUUUUCCAUUUAAGGCUGUUAAUGGUAAGGUGAUACAUAUAUUAUUGAUGUAUGUAUUGAUAUAUGUUUUGAUAUAUAUGUAUAUAUAGAUAUAUGUACUGAUUUAUAAAGUAUGUAUCUAUAUUACAAGUACACACACAUAUAUACAUAUAUACAUAUAUAAUAUAUACAUAUAAUAUAUAUAUAUAUACAUAUAUAUGAGAUAUGUCAUAUUACUGACUUAACAGCACACUUGAAAGCUCUAGAACAAAGGAAAAAGAAAGAAAUAGAAACAGAAUAAAACAGUACAAAUUAUCAAUUACAGGGUUCAUGUAUUGCGACAAACCAAUAAGAUUAACUAACCUUCCUUAAAACACAAAUUAAAAGUCAGAGAGAGAAUGUCCAAAUUCACAUGAUUAUAAAAGACAAGCAGGGCAUAAUAUAGGGCAUUAAAGAAUUCCUGAGAAUUAAAAGGACAUACUUUACAAAGUGGUAUUUUACCAAUCUGAAAAAUCUAAAAGAAAUGGAUAAUUUUCAUGUAGUUAACAAUUACUGGAGUUAAACCAAGAUCGGAUAAGCAAUUUAAAUAUAUCACUUGUCAAUUUGUUUUAUAAGGACAGAGUCAAUCUGAUUCUUAAACUACAUAAAGACUGAUCAAAGAAAGAGAAUUACAGACCAAUUUCUCUUAUGAACAUAGAUGCAAAGAUUCUCAAUAUAAAUACUUGCAAAUUGAAUCUGGGAAUACAUAAAAAAGAUCAUCCAUCAUAAUCAAAUAAGCUUCAUCUCAGAGGUGCAGAGAUGCUUCAACAUAUGUAAAUCAAUAAAUGAACUCUAUCAUAUAAACACUGUAAGACAAACCCCACAUGAUGAUAUUAAAUGUAGAAAAGACUUUUGACAAAAUUUCUCAUGAUGAAAGUCAUGGAUACAAGAACAUAGCAUAACCUACUAAAGGCAGUUUUCAAGACCAUAAGCAACAUCAAAUUAAAUGAAGAGUAACCAAAAGCAAUUUUUAAAUAAAAAAAGGUUGUCCACUCUCUUCGUACCUAUUUAAUUUAAUACUUGAAGUCUUACCCAGAUCAAUAAGACUACUGUAUGACAUCAAGUGUACAGAAAUUGGAAAGAAAGAAUUCAUCAUCUUUAUUUGCAGAUCACAUGAUAAUAUACUUAAGUGACCCUAAGAUCUCCACUGGAAAGCUCCUAUAACUCAUAAGCACUUCAGCACAGUAGCUGGAUACAAAAUUAACUCAUAAAAAUUAGUAGUCUUUAAAACAGCAAGCAGGUUGAGAAACAAACUAAGGCCAUGACAUCUUCACAGUAACCUCAAAUAAUUUAAAAUAUCUUGGAGUAAAAAUGCUCCAUCAUAUAACAAGAACACAUUAUUCCACUAUGUUCAUAGGAGCCUUACUUAUAAUAGCCAGAAGUUGGAAAGAACCCAGAUGUCUCUCAAAAGAAGAAUUGAUACAGAAAAUGUGGUACAUAUACGCCAUGGAAUACUACUAUCCAGCAAUUCAAGAUAAUGACUAUGAAAUUCGUAGGCAAAUGGAUGGAACUAGACAAUAUCAUCCUGAGAAAAGUAACCCAGAAACAAAAGAAAACACAUGGUAUCUACUCACUAAUAAGUAGAUACUAUUAUGAAAUUUCACAAUGCCCAUGAUAUAACCUACAGACCAUAUGGACCAUAUAAGGAAGGAAGACCAGAGGGUGGAUGUUUCAGUCCUACAUUGAGGGGUGAAUAGGAAAAUUGUGGGAGGUGGAAGGUGAGAGGGACAAGUGAGGGACAGAGGAAGGGGAGGAAAUUAGGGUGGCAGUAUCAGAAACUGGAGAUG